GCUGCGGGCCGUUAGCUGUCAGCCGAGCGGCGGGCUGGCGGCUGGCUCCGACGUCUGCGCCAGGACCCGGCGGGCUGAGCUCGGCGCACCAGCAGCAGCCAGGGCAGCGCGGCCCCAACUCCCGGCCGGGCCGUAGAGGCAAGCAGGGACCAGCUGGCCGCCGGCCGCUCAGGCAAGAUGGGGAACCGGGAGAUGGAGGAGCUGAUCCCGCUGGUGAACCGUCUGCAGGACGCCUUUUCGGCGCUGGGACAGAGCUGCCUGCUGGAGCUGCCGCAGAUCGCUGUGGUGGGUGGCCAGAGCGCCGGGAAGAGCUCCGUGCUCGAGAACUUCGUGGGCAGGGACUUUCUCCCCCGAGGGUCGGGCAUUGUAACAAGACGACCUCUUGUGCUGCAGCUUGUUACUUCUAAAGCAGAAUAUGCUGAGUUUCUACAUUGCAAAGGAAAGAAAUUUACAGAUUUUGAUGAAGUUCGCCAUGAGAUUGAAGCAGAAACAGAUCGUGUGACUGGAAUGAAUAAAGGCAUUUCAUCCAUACCCAUUAAUUUACGAGUCUAUUCCCCACAUGUGUUAAAUCUAACCCUUAUUGAUCUACCUGGAAUAACUAAAGUGCCCGUGGGAGAUCAGCCACCAGAUAUCGAGUAUCAGAUCAGAGAAAUGAUUAUGCAGUUCAUCACCAGGGAGAACUGUCUGAUUUUAGCUGUUACUCCAGCCAACACUGAUCUUGCAAACUCAGAUGCACUGAAGCUAGCUAAAGAAGUUGAUCCUCAAGGUCUGAGAACCAUUGGAGUUAUCACCAAACUGGACCUUAUGGAUGAAGGAACGGAUGCCAGGGAUGUGCUAGAGAACAAACUGUUGCCUCUUCGCAGGGGUUACGUGGGGGUGGUAAACAGAAGCCAGAAGGACAUAGAUGGGAAGAAGGACAUAAAGGCAGCCAUGUUGGCAGAGAGAAAGUUUUUCCUUUCCCACCCGGCUUAUAGACAUAUUGCUGACCGAAUGGGGACCCCACACCUGCAGAAGGUUCUUAAUCAGCAACUUACCAACCACAUUCGAGAUACCCUACCAAACUUCAGGAACAAACUACAGGGACAGUUGCUUUCCAUAGAACAUGAAGUAGAAGCCUACAAAAACUUCAAACCAGAAGACCCAACCAGGAAGACCAAAGCACUGCUGCAGAUGGUUCAGCAAUUUGCUGUGGACUUUGAGAAGAGAAUUGAAGGGUCAGGGGAUCAAGUAGAUACCCUGGAACUCUCAGGUGGUGCUAAAAUCAAUCGUAUUUUCCAUGAACGCUUUCCUUUUGAGAUAGUAAAGAUGGAGUUCAAUGAGAAAGAAUUGCGAAGAGAAAUAAGCUAUGCAAUCAAAAACAUACAUGGUAUCAGGACAGGGUUGUUUACUCCAGACAUGGCAUUUGAAGCGAUAGUCAAGAAACAGAUUGUAAAGUUGAAAGGGCCAUCCUUGAAGAGUGUAGAUCUGGUAAUACAGGAAUUAAUCAACACCGUGAAGAAGUGUACCAAAAAACUGGCAAACUUCCCCAGACUCUGCGAGGAAACAGAAAGGAUUGUUGCUAACCACAUUCGUGAGCGAGAAGGGAAGACAAAGGACCAGGUAUUGCUACUGAUUGACAUUCAAGUCUCUUACAUCAAUACCAACCACGAAGACUUUAUUGGCUUUGCAAAUGCUCAGCAGAGGAGCAGUCAGGUUCACAAGAAAACCACAAUUGGAAAUCAGGGAACCAAUCUUCCGCCUUCAAGGCAAAUUGUGAUUCGCAAGGGGUGGCUCACCAUCAGCAACAUUGGCAUCAUGAAAGGGGGCUCGAAGGGAUACUGGUUUGUCCUUACUGCGGAAAGCUUGUCAUGGUAUAAAGAUGAUGAGGAGAAAGAAAAGAAGUACAUGCUUCCCUUGGACAACCUGAAAGUUCGGGAUGUGGAAAAGAGCUUUAUGUCUAGCAAGCACAUCUUUGCACUCUUUAAUACAGAGCAAAGGAAUGUAUACAAAGACUAUCGCUUCCUUGAGCUGGCAUGUGAUUCCCAGGAGGAUGUCGACAGCUGGAAAGCAUCUCUACUAAGAGCUGGGGUCUAUCCUGACAAAUCUGCUGGGAACAACAAAGCUGAAAAUGAUGAGAAUGGCCAAGCAGAAAACUUUUCCAUGGACCCACAAUUGGAGAGGCAAGUGGAGACCAUUCGCAACCUCGUAGACUCCUACAUGUCCAUUAUCAACAAAUGUAUCCGAGAUCUAAUUCCAAAAACAAUAAUGCAUCUUAUGAUUAAUAAUGUCAAAGAUUUUAUAAAUUCAGAGCUCCUAGCACAGUUGUAUUCUUCAGAGGACCAAAAUACUCUGAUGGAGGAAUCUGCUGAGCAGGCUCAGCGCCGGGAUGAAAUGCUUCGAAUGUACCAAGCCCUAAAAGAAGCCCUUGGGAUAAUUGGGGACAUCAGCACUGCCACCGUGUCUACUCCAGCUCCACCUCCAGUGGAUGACUCCUGGAUACAGCACUCUCGCAGGUCACCUCCUCCAAGCCCCACAACCCAAAGGAGGCCAACACUAAGCGCUCCCCUCACAAGGCCCACAUCUGGCCGAGGACCCGCUCCUGCCAUUCCCUCCCCAGGACCCCACUCUGGGGCUCCCCCAGUCCCAUUCCGUCCAGGCCCAUUACCUCCUUUCCCCAGCAGCAGUGACUCCUUUGGAGCCCCUCCACAAGUUCCAUCUCGACCCACGAGGGCCCCGCCCAGUGUCCCAAGCCGGAGACCACCCCCAUCACCAACUCGUCCCACUAUAAUCCGCCCACUAGAAUCCUCCCUGUUAGACUAAAUGAAGUGUCUGGCAUGGCAAUUAAUCACUAAUGAAUUAUGUGAAAGCAACAUAUUUGAUAACCGUUGCAGUAAAUCAUGAGUAGUCGCAUGUGUGGACAUCAGUAGGCAAGUAACCAAUUUUACUAAUGCAUUCAUCACUCAUCUUCAUUGCUUAUGGUAGUCAAACCUCUGGGGUUUGCCUCUUGAAAACUCCUGACCUUUAGAGGCUUUAUAUGUUGUACUGACCAAGGUAGGUUUGUAUAGCAGCCCUAUAUUCUGGGGAUUAUUUGCCUACCAUGGCAUAUAUUUGAAAUUGCUUUGGAUAAGUUUUCUAGCUAUCUACCAGGUAGCUCAUUAAAUAUAAUUCUUCAGAUAUGAGAUAGUGGGCUUAGACCUAAGCCAUACAUAUUCCUUUUCCCACAUUCUGUUUAGGAUGACAGUAAUUCUGUUGUCUAUCAUUAAUGCUACCACCUAGUCCAUAAUUACCUAUUUAGCUCCUCUUUUCUUCCUCUUUAUUUUAUAAGACUGCUAGGAAGUGAUUUUUUUAAAAUUAGGAUUCCUUAAGAAUAAACUUUUCCAGAAGCACGAGGUAGUUUGCAAAGGAAAAGUCUGCACUGUUUGCUCUAAAGAGCUUCUCCUCAUUCCAGUGUGUUUUGCUUCAUGCUAGAAGCAUAUGCAACAGUGAAUCAAAGCUUCUUUUUUUUUUUUUGUUAGUCAAUAAAUUUGGCUAAUUAGUUUCAGAGUUCAAGGAAGAAGCAAAAUAUCACAUCUCUAGUAGUGUUGGGAGAAAUAUAAUUUCUUUAUUUAUAUUCACCUCGUGGUAGGUUAUAUUGAAGGCUGACGUGGAGAAUGUUUACUUUUCUAAUUGCUCUAAUUUUUGGCAUAGCUCACUACCCUUUGAUACUAACUCCAGUUUUACCAUUAUUAUUUUGGUUAGAGAAAAAAAAAUUCACUCUUUACAUGCUAAUUUGUUACCCUGUUAUAUAAGAAUUUAUCCUACCUUUGAAACAGGUUCAGUGUAACUUUCUAUCCAUUCUAGGCUUUCUUAAUAAAUCUUGAGGCUAUGGGAUAAUCACAUUUAAAGGUGGUUCCUGAAAUGAAGUAGAAGAUGACAUGGGGUAAGAGCAGAGCUCACACUUUUACAGUUGUACUAUUUCAAAGUCCCUAUCCAGGUCACUCCAGAGAAGGGUAUUGAAACAUUGAGAUCUAAAGCAAAUUUGCAAUUUCUUAAGAUUUCUAAAAUUUACCAGAACAGUUUAGCCUGGGGGUUAAUAGUUCAGUCUUGAGGCUAAGUUUUGGUCUACCUAGGACCAGAUGAUUCACAUGUAGGAAACAGCCAGAAGCCAACUGGAAUUUUGUGUGCUAGCUGUCCCAGACAGCAGAACAAGUAUUCACUGAGUGGGGGUGUCCCAUGACACUAUGUCAUAUUCUACAAAAGUAAAUCAGGUUUCACCAACUGAAAUGUCUCCCUUUGAAAGUAGCAAACAUGAUUUGUAUGUUAACUUAACUUUAAUUUCCUGUGUAGUUUAUACCCAGAGCAGAUACCCAUAAAGUAUAAAGUAAAAACUUUUAACCAUUAUUAAAAAGAGAAGUUACCAUGUU